GUGUGUGUGUGUGUGUGUGUGUGUGUGUGUGUGUGUGUGUGUGUGUGUGUGUGUGUGUGUGUGUGUGUGUGUGUGUGUGUGUGUGUGUUUGUGUUGGUGCUCUCGGCUCUGCCUCAGCUGUAUGAGAUGUAACAGAUACACCGUAACAAGGCAGAGCGCGCCGAGCAGUGAUAAUCUCUUGUUUGGUUUGUGUGUGUCGCUGCUCCUCGGCUCCCCUUUUGGCUCAGAGACGCCUGACAUUAUUGGACGUCGUCACCCCAUGUCCAAAAGUGUCCCGGGCGCUGAUUGGCCCGCUGCGCUUUGGAUGUUAUUCAUGCGCCUCCGGUUGGAGUGUGUGUAUGAGUGCGAGUGUGAGUGCGCGCGUAGUAAUGUGAUGUGAGGACUUUGUGAAGAUCCGACUGUCAUACAGCGGUGAAAAGCUCGAGCUGUGAGAGGAGCAGCCAUCAUAGUGGUGGAGUCAGUCAGCGGCCAUGACGCGCUGGAGCGCCUUUACGCAGGCAGGAUGUCCACCGAAUAACUCCAGCAGGCUGCAGCAUUCCGGAGACAAAACCAACAUGUGUUAGUUUUAGUCCUCGUGCCACAUUUUGGAUACAAACGCAGGCGCACAAAUUGGAUUGAGAGCGCACGAGCCACGUUCUUCGGAGCAGCCGCGAUGGAGGAGCAGCGGGACCCGAACAGUUCGGACAGCAGCGAGGCAGAGAGCGUGUCUCCGGCCCCCAGCAUGCCCUCCCCGCCCAUCCUGCCGCUGCAGGUCGCACAGCAGGCCCACAGAACCACAAACUUCUUCAUCGACAACAUCCUGCGGCCGGACUUUGGCUGUAAGAAGGAGCUCGGCCUGGGCCCGCGGGAAAGGGCGCACACCUCCGGCCGGGAGCGCGUUCACCCGGCGGUCAGCAGGCCGAGCCUUCCCGGGACUCCGUGUCAGGACUCGAACUGCAGCACGGACAGCUCCUCCUCCUCUUCCUCCUCCUCCAGCACUUCUCGGACGAGUCCCAAAAAGAGCAGCGGCGGAGCAGCCGCCGCGACCGCCGGCUCCACCGGGAGCAGUGGAGUGAAAGCCGAGGAGAGGACGGGCGGCGGGGCCGGGGAGAACACCUCCUCCUCGCUGGUGGUGCUGAACGGCUCCGCGGCUCCUACACCGGAGAGCCAGCCGCUGCUGUGGCCCGCCUGGGUCUACUGCACCCGGUACUCGGACAGGCCUUCAUCUGGCCCAAGGACCCGGAAACUGAAAAAGUCGAAAAGCGGCAAAGAGGACAAGCGGCCGCGCACCGCGUUCACGGCGGAGCAGCUGCAGCGGCUGAAGACGGAGUUCCAGGUGAACCGGUACAUCACGGAGCAGCGGAGGCAGUCUCUGGCCCAAGAACUGAACCUGAACGAGUCCCAGAUCAAGAUCUGGUUCCAGAACAAGCGCGCCAAGAUCAAGAAGGCGAGCGGCUUCAAGAACGGUCUGGCGCUGCAGCUGAUGGCGCAGGGACUGUACAACCAUUCCACCACCACCAUCCAGGAGGACAAGGAGGACAGCGACUGAAGAGCGGCACGGCACGGCACGGAUACAGGACUCCUCCACACACUCUGUACUAUUGUAAAUAUAUGAUAUCUAAUUUAAUGACGGGGAGGGGGAGCAGAGUGGACCCCCUCCUCCUCUCCGCAGCAGACAGACAGACACACGGACUCACUGAGACUGAAUCUGCCGCCCAAAACCAAAGAAUUUCCCGGGAAACAGAGCCUGACACGUUCACAAACUGUAAAAACAGAAACAUCCCUCAUCGUGUUAAUUUCUGUUUCUGUGAGCUGAGAGUCAAACCCUCCACCUCCUCUUCCUCCACCUCCUCUUCCUCUCGCGGUGAGGAUCCGUCCAGCAGCGGAUGUUUCAGAUGUCUCUGGCACUUUCUCUCCUCCUUCAGUUCUUCUCUGUGCUUCAGAAACACGACGAGAACAGCCUCUAGAUUUUCACUGUAACCGUUCUGUCUUUCUUUUUGGACCAACAUGCCUCCUAAGAACUGAAAUACUCCUGCAGCACGCGCGCAUUCACACAAAUCAAAACCGUGCUAAAAAAAAAAAAAAAAAAACUGAACAAAAGCACGUGCAGGAUGUUAAAGAAGCACGAGAGUCCUCACAGGAAUAUGAAAGAGACUCAUCAUAACAUAAA